AUGUUCAAGAGAUUGGCUAACCUUAACUCCAAGAGAUUUAACUCCCACGGCCACGGUCACGGCCACGUGUCCAAGUUCAUCAAGGAGAACGCUUACACCCCAAACAAGGCUGCUGGCGAUGCCUUCAAGAAGGAAUACGCUGAGAAGGUUCACCACUCUGAGAGUGUCACCAAGUUGUGGACCAAGAUCACCUACUUCGUUGCUCUUCCAGCUAUUCUUUUGACUGCUAUUCCAGUUACCCGUAUUGAAUUGAAGCACAGCGAACACAGAGACCACUUGAGACACAUGUCUGACGAGGAAUGGCCUACUCAGUACGAGUACCAGAACUUGAGAGCCAAGAAGUUCUUCUGGGGUGACGGUGACAAGACCUUGUUCUGGAACUCGGACGUCAACAGACACAUUGAGGAGUGA